AUGGAGGGAGGCUAUGUGGCUCAAACCAAAUAUGUCCUGCAAAAUGUAGAGCAAGAUGAAAAGGUUAAGCUGCUUAAUGGACACAGUGAGAGGCUGGCCAUGUCAUAUGUUCUACUUGUUACAAAUGACACAACCCCAAUUUGCAUCAUGAAAAACCUUCGCGUCUGCAGCGAUUGCCAUACCUUCAUCAAGCUAGCUUCGGAACUCCUAGAACGAGAAAUUAUCGUGAGAGAUGCCAAAAGAUUUCACCACUUCAGGAAUGGGUUCCAUGUGAAGAAGCUAAGGGAUCUUGGAAGAGUUGACACUCCAUUCUUUUCUGGGAAAAGAAUGUCAUGUUCUUAA